AGAGUUUUUAAAUUUAAAUUGAUGUAAAGAAAUUGUAGCAAGGAGGAUUAGAGAAUGAGUAGUGAAACCAAAGCAGCAGAGUAUUUCUGCAAGGACUUCGAAUGGGAGCAACUCAGAUCAGAAAUCGAAUCAAACCCUUCUCUUUGCCACCAUUUCGAUUCAUCAUCUUCUUCUUCCUCGCAAUCACCUCAAUCUGACGUUCAAGCUUGGAAGCAAUUUCACAUCCGUCACUCCUCCGGCAAAUUCUUCAAGGAGAGACGCUAUUUGUUAAAGGAGUUCCCUCAAUUGCUUUCCUCUCCCGCGAAUUAUAACCCUAGACUCUUGGAAGUUGGUUGCGGCAACGGAAGCACCGUUCUUCCUAUUCUACGGGAAAACAAGGAUGUUAUUGUUUAUGCAUGCGAUUGCAGUGAUGAGACUCUUGAUAGAGCUAAGGAAAUUAUAAAUGUGAAUGCAAAUGGAGAUGAAUCGUUUAAGCAUCGUUUUCGUACUUUUUGUUGUGAUGUUUCUACUAAUGGAUUCCCAAAUUGGUUGGCAUGUAACCCUUGUAGAGAGAAUUAUUUACAAAAACAGUCAGAUGUAAAAGAGGAUAAUGGACUGAAUGUUAAGGAAUCAUGUUCAUCAGAAGGAUUUGACUGUUGUGUUGGAGGAGUAGAUUUUGUAACAUUGAUAUUUACUUUAUCAGCAGUACCGUUAGAGAGGAUGCCAAGGUCCAUCAAGGAAUGUUUUAGUGUGUUAAAGCCCGGAGGCAUGGUUUUAUUUAGGGACUAUGGCCUCUAUGAUAUGACUAUGCUUCGAUUUGAACCAGACAAGAGAGUGGGAUUCAGGGAAUACAUGCGUUCAGAUGGAACACGAUCAUAUUUCUUUUGUUUGAACACUGUCCGAAACCUAUUUUUGGGUGCAGGCUUCAUUGAGCUUGAGCUUGAUUAUUGUUGUGUUAAGUCCGUGAAUCGCAAGAAAGGGAAGAGCAUGCAAAGAGUGUGGGUUCACGGGAAGUUCCAGAAGCCUGCACUGUGGUAGUUUUCAAUGAUCUCUCUUGGCGAAUUGUGUAAAAUCCCCCCUUGCUUUGACCUUGAUUGCUUUUUUGCCACAUUGAAGACAUAAAAGAGACACCCAGGAAAAAAGAACUAAAGACCGUUGUAUCUGAUUUGCUUCCAAAUUUUGAUGUGCCAAGAAUGUGAAAUGUUUAUUAUUGAAAAAGUAAGAAGAUAACUUUCCAAUUAGACAA